AGCUUUGAGUAGUUGAACAGCGCCGGACUGCGUGUAGUUGUCUUCCUGCACUUCAAGACAGCAAAGCACUGCAAGUAUGGACAUUGUUACAUUGCUUUCGAUAUUGUUUAGUGCAGCUUCUGUCCUUUUUGGAGCUCUUUAUUUGUAUUUAAAUAUGGCAUUUUCAUAUUGGAAGAACAAGAAUAUUCCUUAUUUGAAACCAACGUUUCCAUUCGGAAAUCUAAGAGAUCUCUUGAUGAGAGAGAAAAGUAUGGGUGGAGCAUAUGCUGAUAUUUACGAGAAGUUGAACGGAAUGGAAUUCGGGGGAGUUUUCCUCGGUCACCGACCAGUAUUCAUCAUCAAAGGUCCAGACAUGAUCAAAAACUGUCUUCUCAAAAACUUUGAAAAUUUUCAUGACCAUGGAUUUGUUUUUGAUAAGAAAAGCGAUCCUCUAACUGGUAAUCUGUUCAUGUUGGAUGGGAAUAAGUGGAAGAAUCUUCGUUCAGUUUUGUCUCCCACGUUCACGUCCGGAAAAAUAAAGAAUAUGUUCCCAAUCCUGGUGGAGUGUGGACAAGGGCUGAAGGACUUCUUCGAUGAGCGUGCGAAGAGUAAAAAUGUUGUAGAAAUGAAGGAUAUUGUUGCCAGAUUCACAACGGACGUCAUCGCUUCUUGUGCCUUCGGUAUUCAGUGCAAUUGUCUAAAAGACCCAAAUGCCGAAUUCAGACAAUGGGGCCGAAGGAUCGUAGAACCCUCUUUUAUGGAUAAAAUUGUAGGGAUGCUCUAUCUGCUUGUGCCAUCAAUUCCAAUCUUUCUUAAGCUGCCUCUAACACCGAGGAAUGUAUGUGAUUUUUUUCGGAAGGUUGUCAAAGAAACUAUCGAAUUCCGGGCGAAGAACAAGGUGGAGAGAUACGAUUUUAUGCAACUCCUGAUUGACCUGAUGGAACAGAAACCGCGUCAUGAAGAAAAUGAACCGGGCUUGACGAUGGACGAAGUAACUGCACAAGUGAUAGUCUUCUUCACGGGAGGUUUCGAGACAACGUCAACUACAAUGAGCUUUUGUUUGUACGAACUGGCAAAGAACAAGGACAUCCAGGUUCGCCUGAGGUCUGAAAUGGACGCAGUGUUGAGUCAACAUUGUGGGAACAUCACCUAUGAAGCUGUCAAGGAGAUGAAAUAUUUGGACACAGUUAUAUCGGAGACACUCCGUAAGUAUCCGCCCGUAACAUUCCUGACCCGCAAAUGUAACAAGGACUGGAGGAUCUCAGGAACGGACCUCGUCUUGGAGAAGGGUGUUCAGGUCGUGAUUCCUGUACUAGGAUUGCACCAAGACCCUGAGUACUUUCCCGAUCCAGAAAAGUUUCUGCCGGAGAGGUUCAGUGAGGAGAACAAGAGCCAAAGACCCAACUACGUUUACUUGCCUUUCGGCGAGGGACCGAGAAUUUGUAUAGGGAUGCGCUUCGCUCUUAUACAAGUCAAAGUUGGACUCAUCAGUUUGCUGUCAGAAUACGAAUUCCAGCCUUGUGAAGAAACUUCGGAUCCUCUGACAAUAGAUCCUACCAAAUUCAUAAUGACACCGCUUGAAGGAGUAUGGUUGAGAGUUUCACGUAGGUCUACUGCCUAAGGUUUUUAGUUAUAAGGCUACUUCAAUAAUAUUUAUUGGAAGGCGCAGUGAUUCGUAUACCAUUAAAAAAAUCUGGACUCAGGUGCAAGGUAUGAUAUAUGCCUACAUUUUCCUCCAAGUAAAAAAGGUGAGUGAUAGUAAAAUUUUGUAUUGCACCAUUUUAUGCAUUAAAUUUAAGGGAACACAGAGCAAGAACCAGUAAUCAUGAGAAUAUUUUACAUCACUGUGCAUUAAACCAUACUUGCGAAAUCACGAGUAUUAUUUCUGUAUAUGAGAGAAAAGUCCAUAUAUUUAUCAUAAUUAUAUUAACUGUUAAUUUUGAUACAUUUAGAUUAAAUAUAGUAUAUAUCACCCUUAGUUGAAGCAUGCAACAUAUUAUUGUCAAAUUAAUUAUCUCAGGCAAGAAGUUCAUAGGAUGUAGAGUCGGAGAUUCCAUAUAAAUUAUUAAUUAUCCUUUUCAUUAUAUUCUUAAUUAUAUUAUGGAAUAACACAGGGCAAUUUUUAUAUAUAUGUAUAUAUUGUUAUAGGAUUUUAUUUCUGUACAGGGAUCCCUUAUGUAUUUAAUUGAAGUUCAUUGAAAGCUAACACUGUAAUGAAACCACAGAGAGAAGUUGUGUUUCAAGUAAGUAGUAAAUAAAAUAUUCUAUGUACCUUA